GCGAUUGGCUGAAAAAUGGAUCACGUCAAAAAACAUCAAGCUAGUUUGCACUUCACGCUUUUCCACGUCAGUAAGUUUACUUGCACGACCGGCUUGCUAACCGUAGCGACGUUAAAUAACGUUACAGCUUCAAAUACAGAGGAACAACCUGGGCAUGACGUGAAACUGCUUACACUGCAUGGCCUAACUACGUUCUCCUGUUUCAUCUUCAGAUUUGCAGUGAUGGACAAGAAUAUAUACAUCAUCCAAGGGGAGAUUGCAACAGUGGUUGGUGCUAUCAAGAGAAACUCCAGAUGGAGUACACACACACAGCUGGAUGAAGAGCAGGACCCACUUCUCAGCAGUUUCAGUCACCUUAAGGAGACCCUCAACAACAUCAAAGACCUCUCUGAAGUGGAGCCCAAUGUGUUUCUCCGACCCUUCUUGGAAGUUGUUCGCUCAGAGGAUACAACUGGACCAAUCACAGGCCUCGCUCUCACGUCUGUCAACAAGUUCCUCUCAUAUGGCCUCAUAGAUGCCAAUCAUGAAGGCGCAGCAGAGGGGAUUGAGAACAUGGCUGACGCGGUCACUCAUGCAAGAUUUGUGGGGACAGACCCUGCUAGUGAUGAAGUGGUACUUAUGAAAAUCCUCCAGGUUUUGAGAACUUUGCUGCUGACCCCAGUGGGAGCCCAUCUGACGAACGAGUCUGUGUGCGAGAUAAUGCAGUCCUGCUUCCGUAUUUGCUUUGAGAUGAGACUAAGUGAGCUGCUGAGGAAAUCAGCCGAACACACGCUGGUGGACAUGGUGCAGCUGCUCUUCUCCAGAUUACCACAGUUUAAAGAGGAGGCUAAAAGUUUUGUGGGCACCAACAUGAAGAAGAUCCCAGGCUGUAUCCUGGACACACAAGAUCUUAUUAAUGCAGAUCACCCUAGAAACGCCAAUCAGAGUGGUUUAGACAGGCUGAAGAUGCGUGCUGGUGGAAUGAGCGAGUCAUCCAAGUGGAAGAAACAGAAGCGUUCUCCUCGUCCCUCUCGUCACAUGGUGCGCAGCCCUUCAGGACAGAUGGACCAAGCCCAGCUCAGCGCUCUCAGCAACAAUCUCUCAGGUGGAGUGCCAUUUUUUGAGCAACAGGGUGAUGGUACUGCAGCGCUGCCUGUUUCUGAUAGUGCAGCCUCCUCCAUCUCCAACCCUACUGCAGACAGUGGACUGUCCAGCUGCUCUAAAGCCACAUCUAAAGAAGACCUCACAGAUCUGGAGAGCUGCUCCACAGCCACCACUCCCAGCACAGCAGCCUCCACUGAUGCCACCAUGCUCGACAUGCAGAGUGAGGGUAGACAGGUAGAACGUACUCAGUCUGCCUCAGUAGAGUCCAUUCCUGAAGUGCUUGAGGACCGAGAUUCAUUAGUGGAUCAGUCUGACUCUGCAUCUGUGCAUGACAUGGACUAUGUAAAUCCCAGAGGCGUGCGCUUCACUCAGUCUACUCAGAAAGAGGGUGCAGCUCUGAUCCCUUAUGGACUCCCAUGUCUGAGAGAGCUCUUCCGCUUUCUCAUUUCUCUCACCAACCCGCAUGACCGCCACAACUCAGAUGUGAUGAAGCACAUGGGUUUGCAGCUGCUCAAUGUGGCUCUGGAGGCCACACACAUCGCUCCCUACCAGUCACUGCUGGUCCUAGUCAAAGAGGAACUCUGCAGACAUCUCAUACAGUUAUUAAGUGAAGAUCGAAUCAAUUUGUAUGCUGCUUCCAUACGAGUCUGCUUUCUGCUGUUUGAGAGCAUGCGUGGACAUCUCAAAUUUCAGCUUGAGAUUUAUUUGAAGAAGCUAAUGGACAUCAUUACCUCAGAGAACCCAAAGAUGCCCUAUGAAAUGAAGGAAAUGGCCCUUGAGGCAGUUGUGCAGCUGUGGAGAAUCCCUAGCUUUGUGACUGAGCUGUAUAUUAACUAUGACUGUGAUUUCUACUGUUCCAACCUUUUUGAGGACCUCACCAAGCUGCUCUCCAAGAAUGCUUUUCCAGUCUCUGGACAGCUCUACACAACCCAUCUUCUCUCACUUGAAGCCCUGUUAACUGUAAUAGACAGCAUAGAGGGCCACUGUCAGGCCAAAGUGAUGAACAGAGCUACUGAGCAAGAGCAUUCAGAAACUUUAACAGCUGAAGGAGAGGCCUCUGUCGACAGUACCACAGAUGCAGUCACAGAGGCUGGCAAGGCUUUAUUUGGAUCAAAUGGACAGACUGCAGUAGAGUCUGGAGUGCCAUCAGUAUGCCCUCCAACCAGUGGACAUCUCAUGGCUGAAAAGAUGAGGCUGGGUAGACAAGACCAGGAGGAGACUGAUACGGCUGAAAAGAAAAGUCCUAAAAAGCCUCAGCGUUUCACCAGUUGUCUUCCAGACUCCCAGGAACUGAUGAGUAUCAAAAACAAGAAAAAGCUUCUCAUCACAGGCACAGAGCAGUUCAAUCAGAAGCCUAAGAAGGGCAUCCAGUUUCUGCAAGAAAAAGGUAUUCUGAGCAGCCCAAUGGACACCAGUGAGGUGGCUCAGUGGCUAAGAGAAAACCCCCGACUGGACAAGAAGAUGAUUGGAGAAUUCAUCAGUGAAAGGAACAGCAUGGAGUUGCUAGACAGUUUUGUCAACACGUUCACUUUCCAAGGGCUGCGUAUAGAUGAGGCACUGCGUUUGUAUCUGGAGGCUUUCCGACUUCCUGGCGAAGCGCCGGUCAUUCAUCGGCUCUUGGAGACCUUCACUGACAACUGGCAUAAAGUAAAUGGGAAUCCCUUCUUGUCAAAUGAUGCUGGUUUUGCUUUGGCCUAUGCUGUCAUUAUGUUGAACACGGAUCAACACAACCACAACGUUCGCAAGCAGAAUAUCCCCAUGACUGUAGAGCAAUUCAAGAAAAAUCUGAAAGGUGUGAAUGGUGGUACAGAUUUUGAUCAGGACAUGCUGGAAGAUAUCUACAAUGCCAUCAAGAAUGAAGAAAUUGUUAUGCCUGAUGAGCAGAAAGGCUUGGUGAAGGAGAACUAUGUGUGGAGUGUGUUGCUACACAGAGGGGCCACUUCUGAGGGGAUCUUCCUCCAUGUGCCUGCAGGCAGCUAUGAUCACGACCUGUUCACAAUGACCUGGGGCCCGACAAUCGCUGCCCUUUCCUACGUGUUUGACAAGAGCUUAGAAGACACCAUUAUCCAAAAAGCCAUUACAGGCUUCAGGAAAUGUGCAAUGAUCUCAGCACACUAUGGCUUUAGUGAUGUUUUUGAUAAUUUAAUCAUCUCCCUUUGCAAGUUUACGACACUCAACAGUGAGUCUGUAGAAAACCUGCCCACGGUUUUUGGCAGUAACCCCAAGGCUCAGAUAGCAGCAAAGACUGCGUUUCACCUCGCCCAUCGGCAUGGCGAUAUUUUGCGAGAGGGUUGGAAGAACAUCAUGGAUGCUAUGCUGCAGCUCUUCAGGGCUGAGCUCUUACCCAAAUCCAUGGUAGAGGUUGAGGAUUUUGUAGAGCCUAAUGGAAAGAUUUCUCUACAGCGUGAGGAGACACCAUCAAACAGGGGAGAGUCGGCUGUGUUGAGCUUUGUUAAUUGGUUGACACUGAGUGGUGGAGCGGAGCAGUCAGGACAGCGCGGCCCCUCUACUGAGAAUCAGGAGGCCAAACAGGCUGCCCUGCUCUGUAUAAAGCAUUGUGACCCUGAGAAACUGAUCACAGAAAGCAAGUUCCUGCAGCUGGAAUCUCUGCAGGAGCUUAUGAAGGCCCUCAUCUCAGUGACACCUGAUGAAGAGACCUAUGAUGAAGAAGACGCUGCUUUCUGUCUAGAGAUGCUUCUGCGCAUUGUUUUGGAGAAUAGGGACCGGGUGUCGUGUGUGUGGCAGACUGUCCGUGCCCGCUUGUAUCAUCUGUGUGUGCAUGCCAAUGAGAGCUGCUUCCUGGUAGAAAGAGCUGUAGUGGGAUUGCUGAGACUUGCUAUACGCUUGCUGCGCCGAGAGGACAUCAGCUCACAGGUGCUGCACUCUUUGCGCCUGCUCCUAAUGAUGAAGCCUCACGUGUUGUCCAGAGUGAGUCGAGAGGUUGCCUAUGGUCUACACGAGCUGCUCAAAACCAAUGCUGCCAACAUCCACUGCACUGAAGACUGGUACACUCUUUUUACGCUGCUGGAGUGCAUCGGUGCUGGAGUCAAACCUCCAGCUGCACUGCAGGUCACCAGCAGCAGCCCUGACAGUGACACAGGUGCUCAGUCUGACAGUGAACUGAGCUCAUACCACCAGAGUGAAGUCACUUUGGACCGAGGCUAUACCUCUGACUCUGAGGUCUACACUGAACACAGCAAGCCCAGAAUACCCCGAUCUGCCACUGAAGUUGAAGUGGGAUGGCUAGUGGUUGGUAAGGAUGACCUGGACAGCGCUAAGGCACCACUUGCUCCAGACUCUAAACCUCAGACUCCUCUUAUUAACCAGUACAGUUUGACCUUGGGUCAGGACAUGGGCCUGCAUGAUACCAAAUCCCUCAUCAAGUGUGUGGAGUCACUCUCUUUUAUUGUACGUGAUGCUGCUCAUGUCACACCUGAGAACUUUGAGCUUUGCGUGAAAGCCAUCCGAGUGUUUGUGGAAGCCAGUCUUAAUGGAGGUUAUCGCACCCAUGAGAAAAAAAAGAGCCACAAAUACGACUCAAAAGCUAGUAGGCUGCGGAAGAAGCCGCGAGAGAAGGAUGGUGUGUCCCGGCGAGCUAAACCCACCAGUCAGCGGCCCUCCCGUUCCCACAGUGACGAUGAGGAGGACGAGGGGGUGCCAGCCAGUUACCAUACGGUGUCUUUACAGGUUAGUCAGGACUUGUUAGAUCUGAUGCACACACUGCACACGCGGGCAGCCAGUAUCUACAACUCAUGGGCAGAAGAACAGCGCCAUCUGGAGGCCAGUGGAAAGAAGAUUGAAGCUGACUCUCAGACACUGUGGUCAAGCUGCUGGUGUCCUUUGCUCCAAGGUAUGGCCUGGCUGUGCUGCGAUGCUCGGAGGCAGGUUCGGAUGCAGGCUCUCACUUACCUCCAGAGGGCGCUGCUUGUACAUGAUCUGCAGACACUGGAUGCUGUGGAGUGGGAAUCCUGUUUCAACAAAGUCCUGUUUCCACUGCUGACUAAGCUCUUAGACAACAUCAGCCCAGCAGAUGUCGGGGGCAUGGAGGAGACCAGGAUGAGGGCCUGCACACUGCUCUCUAAGGUGUUCCUUCAGCAUCUCUCGCCACUGCUUUCUCUGCCCACAUUCGCUGCUCUCUGGCUUACCAUCCUAGACUUCAUGGACAAGUACAUGCAUGCUGGCUCCAGUGACCUCCUGUUGGAGGCGAUCCCUGAGUCUCUGAAGAAUAUGCUGUUGGUAAUGGACACAGCUGGGAUCUUCCACAGUGCAGACUCGCGUACAGGCUACUCUGAUCUGUGGGAGAUCACCUGGGAGAGGAUUGACUGCUUCCUGCCCCAUCUCAGAGAGGAGCUUUUCAAACAAGCUGUCAUGCCAGAACCUGUCCCCAGUGUACCUAUAGAACCUGCUCCCGCUUCUGUUCCCAUUUCUCCACCCUCCCAUUAUGUGCCAUCCCCUGCACCAGUGCCAACUGCUCCCACAGAGCCAAAGACCCCCAGCAGACCUGCAUCUCCUCAGGACAUACAAACACCCAGUGCCAAUGGAACUGAUAGAUCAUCUCCAGUGCCCCCCUCUACUCCUCCAAUGCCCACUCCAGUUAAGAGCUCGGCUGACUCCCCGCCCACUCUCUCUCAGUCUCCUUUAAUACUCCAGCCCCUAGCCUCUCCACUACAGGUGGGCGUGCCCCCCAUGACACUGCCAAUCAUUCUAAAUCCCGCCCUCAUAGAAGCCACAUCGCCUGUACCCCUGCUUCCAGCGCCUCGUCCAACCGAAACCGCUGACACUUCAGAGGUCAAAUAGAAAAUGCAAGAUUGUUCUGGAGCAUCUAGAAAGAGGACAUUGGAGGAUUGGAGACCCUCUCAUGCUGCUGUUCUCUCUCUGCAUUAACAUGCUCCAACUUGCCUCACGAUCAGCACAAAUGAAUACAUUACAUAAGGCCAGGACCUGGAAAGAGUGAUGGAGAGCUAAAGAGAGAGAGAGUGCAAUUGACAUGCUCCUUAUUUACCCACAUAAACCAUGUCCACAGUAAGGUAUAUUACAGCCAGUGCUGUUGAUCAUGCAAGUCUUCAUUAAUCCAAUUUGCACAAAUAUUUAUUCAGAUUAGCAAUGUGCACCUGGAACAUGAAGGACAGAUAUACAGUGAUGGGACCAGGUAUGACACUGAUUCAAGUUUAUAUUUCUACCCAUUUGAGCAGAUUUAAUAUAUUGAAGCUACAGUGUCUUUACACUAUUCCUAAAAUUUAUUGGAACAGAUAUAGCAGUAAAUUAUUUGGUUUAGAUUCAGCAUGAUCUGUACUGAAUAGUAUUUUAUUUCUGGGGUAUAAGGACUGCAGGUAAAUAGAACUAUAGAAAUGGAUCUAGCACUAACUCUCCACACCACUCAAUAUAAUUUAAACUGUAUAGUAACAUUAAACAAACAUAAUUUAUGUUUACAUAUUUGCUUUCUUAGACUUUUACAUAGUUAUCUUGUGUUCUACAUUGACCACGAUAACUUCAGAAAUGUUUGUCCUGCAUUUCAUCAUUUGAAAAUAUCUGUCAAAAUGUAGACUUUUUGAUGAGAAGUAAUGAAUAUACAUUCUCUUGAGAGCAAACCCAAAGACAGAGGAGAUCCACUUGUUCAGUGAAAACCACAAGUAGAACAUUCCAGAUUUGUUCCUAAAUCAAGCCUGUCAGAGGUGGUUUAAAUGGGUGAAUGUGCUGUCCAGGGAAAUCUGCAUGCCAGGUUUUUAUUUUAUUUUGUUUUUAGUCCUGAUAGGUCUUAAAGAGAUUGUUAACUGAGUACAGUUUUGGAGUCACAUUGUGUUACUAUUUCUGAUGUUGGUGUAAUUCAUUUAUAGAUCACAUUUCUUAAAAAUUCACCGAUCAGCCUUAACAUUAAAACUCCCUGCCUAAUAUUGCGUAGAUUCCCCUUGUGCCACCAAAAUAGCUUUGACCAGCUUUGUCAUGGCAUGGACUCCACAAGACCUCUGAAGGUGUGCUGUGGUAUCUGACACCAAGACAUUAGCAGCAGAUCCUUUAAGUCAUGAAAGUUGAGAAGUGGGGCCUCCGUGGAUCGGACUUGUUUGUCCAGCACAUCCCACAGAUGCUCAAUUGGAUUGAGAUCUGGGGAAUUUGGAGGCCAGGUCAACACCUUGAACUCUUUGUCACGUUCCUCAAACAUUCCUGAACAAUUUUUGCAGCAUAGCAGGGUGCAUUAUCCUGCUGAAAGAGGUCAAAACCAUUUGGGAAUAUCAUUGCCAUGAAAGGGUGUCUGCAACAAAGUUUAGUUAGGUGGUAUGUGUCAAAAUAAUGAAUGCCAGGACCCAAGGUUUCCCAUUAGAACAUUGCACAGAGCAUCACACUGCCUCUGCCAGCUUGCCUUCUUCCUAUAGUGCAUCCUGGUGCCAUCUCUUCCCCAGGUAAGCGACACACACCCCCAGCUGUCCACACGAUGUAAAAGAGAAUGUGAUUCAUCAGACCAGGCCACCUUCUUCCAUUGCUCCAUGGUCCAGUUCUGAUACUCACGUGCCCACUGUAGGCGCUUUCGGUGGUGGACAGGGGUCAGCAUGGGCACUCUGACCGCUCUGCAGCUACGCAGCUCCAUACACAGCAAGCUGUGAUGCAGUGUGUGUUCUGACACCUUUCUGUCGUAGCCAGCAUUAACUUUUUCAGCAAUUUGUGCUACAGUAGCUCUUCUGUGAGAUCAGACCAGACAGGCUAGCCUUCACUCCCCACGCGCAUCAGUGAUCCUUGGGCGUCCAUGACCCUGUCACUGGUUCACUGGUUGUCCUUCCUUGGACCACUUUUGGUAGGUCAUAACCACUGCAUAUGGGGAACACCCACCACGACCUGCAGUUUUGGAGAUGCUCUGACCUAGUCUCUAGCCAUCACAAUUUGGCCGUUGUCAAAGUUGCUCAGAUCCUUACGCUUGCCCAUUUUUCCUGUUUUGAAACACAUCAACUUCAAUAACUGACUGUUCACUUGCUGACUAAUAUAUCCCACCCCUUGACAGGUGCCACUGUACUGAGAUAAUCAAUGUUAUUCACUUCACCUGUCAGUGGUUUUAAUGUUAUGGCUGAUCGGUGUAUAUACAAAGAAAAUUAUUUGGAAUGGAUAUAAACUACGAAUCUAGUGAAUCGAGUCCAUUUUGUUUAAUAAAUCAGUUUAUAACCUCAAGAGCUCUGUAUUAUUGUACCUGUUAUCCCAGAAUAGGUGUACAGAAGACUAGUUUUUGCUCUGGGUCUUACUGGAUUUUUGCUGACUUGGUCCAUAUCAAGUUGCUGAAAACAGCAAGUAUUGCCCAUUUAUGAGAAGAGGACAUACCUUGUGUGUUAAGUUGGAGUAAUCAGGUUGAUGUCUUUUGCUGCUGAAGCUCAGAAUCAUUCAGAAAUCAGUUGCUUUAACUUGUGAAACUAGGAUGCCACUGCCUUGUGUCAGACAAAAUAAGUCACCACCCAAAAUUAAGGGGCAAUGGAGGGAUUUUAGGUAAUUCUCUAGUCAACAGGAAUGACAUACAAAUAUGUAUAUAUGAAUAAAAUGUACUUUUUACAAUCUAAUAAAUAUGAUAUUAUAAACAAA